AAAACUCUGAGCCCGGUGGUAAUAUUGCUUUCCGCGGUCACACUGGCAUGCAUGUGCAAUAGAACACGACGCUCGUGAAAUCCUCUGUGUAUUAAAAGGCAAAAUCUAGCUGCCGAUUGUGUGCAUUCCAAGAUGGUCGAGGACAAGGAGAACGUGGCCAACGGGGAGCAGGUCUCCAAGAAGGGAGCCAAGAAGCUGGCCAAGGCCGCCAAGAAAGCCGAACAGAAAGCGGAGACUGCCUCCGCCGUGGCUGCCAACAAUGCAGGAGGAGACUCUGCCGAGGAUCACUCCGCCGGUAAAUAUGGCCUCUCCGAGAUGAUCCAGUCCAAGGACCAGCGGAUCGAGCGCAACUUUGUUCCCGUUUCGGAGCUGAGUGGCCAGCUGACCAAGGGACUCGUCUGGGUGCGAGGACGCGUCCACACGUCGCGUGCCAAGGGCAAACAGUGCUUCCUCAUCCUGCGCCAGCAGAGCAGCACGGUGCAGUGCAUCCUGGCCGUCAACGAUGUCAUUUCCAAGCAAAUGGUCAAGUUCGCGGGCAAUAUUCCCAAGGAGAGCAUCAUCGAUAUCCAAGCCAAGCCAGUGGCGGUGUCCAGCAAGAUUGAAUCCUGCACAGAGCAAUCGCUGGAGCUGUCCGUCGAGCAGAUAUUCGUGAUUUCCCAGGCCAAGGCCCAGUUGCCGUUGCAAAUCGAAGACGCCUCGCGUCCCGAGAACGCCGAUGACCCGGAAGGGCUGAACAUUCGCGUGAACCAGGACACGCGACUGGACAAUCGAGUGCUGGACCUGAGGACCCCGGCGAACCAGGCCAUUUUCCGGCUGGAAGCGGGAGUGUGCCGCCUGUUCCGUGAUAUCCUCACGGAGAAGGGCUUCACCGAGAUCCACACGCCCAAGAUCAUUUCGGCGGCCAGUGAGGGCGGCGCCAACGUGUUCACCGUGAGCUACUUCAAGGACUCGGCCUAUCUGGCGCAGUCGCCACAGCUGUACAAGCAGAUGGCCAUCGCCGCCGAUUUCGACAAAGUCUACACGGUGGGCGCCGUUUUCCGAGCGGAGGAUUCCAACACUCAUCGGCACUUGACCGAGUUCGUGGGCCUCGAUCUGGAGAUGGCCUUCAAGUACCAUUACCACGAGGUUCUGCACACGAUUGGCAACACGUUUACGGCCAUUUUCAAGGGACUGCGCGACCAGUACGCCCGAGAGAUCGAGUCUGUCGGCCAGCAGUACAAGGUGGACGCCUUUAAGUUCCUGGAGCCGCCGCUAAUCCUCCAGUUUGCCGAUGGCGUGGCCAUGUUGCGAGAGGCCGGCGUGGAGACGGGCGAUGAGGAGGAUCUGUCGACGCCUAAUGAGAAGCUUCUCGGGCGCCUGGUUAAGGCCAAGUACGACACCGAUUUCUACAUCCUGGACAAGUUCCCGUUGGCGAUACGACCCUUCUACACCAUGCCCGAUCCGAACAACCCAGUCUACUCCAACUCCUACGAUAUGUUUAUGCGCGGCGAGGAGAUCCUGUCCGGGGCGCAGCGCAUUCACGAUCCAGAGUACUUAAUGGAGCGCGCCAAGCACCAUGGCAUCGAUACCUCCAAGAUUGCGGCGUACAUCGAGUCCUUCCGCUACGGAUGUCCUCCGCAUGCUGGCGGUGGUAUUGGCAUGGAGCGCGUUGUAAUGCUGUAUCUGGGAUUGGACAACAUCCGCAAGACCUCCAUGUUCCCACGCGACCCCAAGCGGUUAACGCCUUAAACGCCCCUUAACUUCAAACAACUCUACUUUUAGAUGUGAAUUCAAUUCGAUUAAACAUUGGUUUUACUUAACCUGUGACUUUCCAAGCA